UCCCAUCACGCAAUUUCAAGGUUAGGACGGUCUCCUACCACGGCUGAUGGUUGCUGGGUUUUGAUCACCGGUUGCCAGCUUUAUUAUUAAACAUAACAAGUACAUCAUGGCUGUUGCAUCGUCCAAGACGAUAGUGACGAUCACAGAGGCUGCCGCCAUCACACCGUUUCCGGCCGCCACGUACGGAAAAUCUGUACCUUAUUUACAACGGCAGCUGCUUCUCCAUGAUCCUCGACAGCCAUAUAGGCUCCACACAGAUAAAGAGAUCCCUGAACUCAGAUUCGGAGAUUUAUUAGUCGAGGUGCAUGGUAUCGGCUUGAAUCCAAUCGAUGGGAAAUCAGCAGAUUUCGGAUUUGUGCUUCCAUCUCCACCCUGUCUGAAUGGACGUGAGUUCAUAGGCAAGAUUAUAGCUUCAGAAGUCGACCAGAGAUGUAGUCUUCAGCCGGGAGAGUGGGUCCUCGCUGUAUCUACGGACUACCGCGACUUUAGAAAAUCGGCUUUUCAAGAGUAUGCCAUUGUCUGCUGCUACAAUGCUAUUCGGAUUCCCAAGCAUGUCGACCCGUUUAAAGUCGCUUCUAUGGGUGUCGCCUUUGUCGCAGCAGGUCUCUCUCUCGGAGUCUGUCUAGGUGUUACUUUUAAAAAGGGGCCUAAAAAGAGAGAGUUCAAUCUCUUAGAGAAUGCUAGAUGGUGCCCAGAAGAUGUGCCUGACGAUAUUGCGGACGAGAUCUUUGAUGCCUUGGCGCCUUGCUAUCAAGCCCAACCUGGUGAAUGGCUGUUAGUCUAUGGGGCAUCUACCGUUACUGGACAGAUCGUGAUUCAGCUGGCUAAAAUAGGAGGCUUGAAAGUGGUCGGUGUUGCUGAUCUCAACAAACAUCGGCAACUUCUAGAGUCACUUGGAACUGAUGUUCUGAUUGAACGCAGCGACCUCGAUCAAGCCAAGCUAGACAUCAGACGGCUCAUCCCAGGCUCACUACGAUUCGCCAUUGACACGGUUGGACCAGAAACCGCAGCAUGGUGCCAGCAAGUUCUCGCAGAGCGCACAAGUUCUAGGUACUGUUCCCCAGGGAAAGAGACGCCGACAAAUCCGUCACCAGUUGAUCCAGCCACACGAGGGGGUGGCAGCAAACUGAGCCAUCUCGUUGCCAUGACAGGCCGUCCCGAAACACUUAAUCCUAAUGUUCAGAUACACACGGUGCCCAUCAAGCUGUUCCAUACGAGCCAAUACGUCGGUGGACAUCUAAGUAAAUGGCUGUACGAGCUACUUGAUACAAAUAAGUUGCAACCUCCGGAGGUGGAAUUUGUACCAGGCGGGCUCGACGCCAUCAACGGGGCUUUGGAAAGACUAAGACAGGGCAAAACGUCAGGAAAGAGGCUGGUGGUUCGUGUGAAAGAACCCGAUACGAAGUCUGAACGUUUUUCUUAGAUACCAUUGUUGCGAUGCGUUUCAAUCUAUUGAGAGGUAUUCUAGGCAUAUAGCAUGAGGAGGUCAUAAGCGAAUGAUGGCCUACUUGCUUUUGAGGGGACAGACUACGAUUUCAGUACCAAAAAGCACCUCCCACUGCAUCUACUCAAAACAAGCUGUUUGCUACGGGGAGACAAUAGAACUUGGUAU